AUGGGUGGGCAAAGCAUAGCACACGCUCUUCUGAUCCCCCUUCCUUACCAAGGCCACAUCAAUCCCAUGAUGCAGCUCGCCUGGAAGCUUGUCUCCGAUGGUUUCCUCAUUACCUUCCUCAACACCGAUUUCAAUCACAACCGAAUAAUGCAAGCAAAGACUAAAACCCAUAUCCAUAAUGACUGCGACAGAAUCCGAAUGAUAUCCAUUCCUGAUGGAUUGCCGCCGGAUGACAAGCGCACCAACGUUCCAAAUCUAUUGCAGGCAUUAGAAAACAGCAUGGCACCAUCCGUCAUUGAGUGGAUUAUUGAGGAUAUAAACAAGAGGGAAGUAGAACACAAGAUCACCGGUAUAAUAGCAGAUGUGUGGACAUGUUCCGGGUUGAAGGCGGUGGCCGAUCUCUAUCAGAUUCCUCUCUUUGCUUUCCAUACAUCGCUCGUCGCCAACUGUGCCAUCCGCUACUUCGGUCCCAGGCUUGUCUCUCUUGGCAUCCUUGGUCCAGAUGGAGCUCCCAGAAACGCGCAGAAACUAGAGUACAUACCCUCCAUGCCGCCGCUGCGUUCUGGAGAUCUUCCAUGGUUGUACAGCGGGGAGUACAUGUUUAAGAGAAGCAUCCGCAUGGGAGAAGAUAUAAAGCAGGUCAAGUGGAUCCUCAGCAAUUCCUUUUAUGAGCUUGAGGCUGGAGUGGUAGAAGAGUUAUCCAGGGAAGUGAGGGUGUUCCCAAUCGGUCCUUUGAUUCCAGACGAAUUUCUGGAGGACGAUAAGAGGAGGACAAGCAGGGUCCUCCCAAGCUUCUGGGCAGACGAUGUGGAGUGUCUAGAGUGGUUAGACAAACAGCCUACCCAAUCUGUGAUCUACGUAUCAUUUGGUAGCCUGGCAGUGUGGAACGAAAGGCAGGUGGAGGAGUUCGCUGCGGGGCUGGAGGCUACUCAAAGACCAUUUCUCUGGGUUGUUCGCUCAGAUCUAAUGGAGGGUAGCAAACCCAUUUUUGAGCCACGAUUUCUUGAACGCGUGAGAGACAGGAGCUGCAUAGUUUCUUGGGCGCCACAGUUAGAGGUGUUAUCUCAUCCUUCCAUAGCUUGCUUUGUGACCCACUGUGGAUGGAACUCUGUACAGGAGAGCAUCACCAUGGGCGUGCCCAUGCUCUGCUCGCCUUAUUUCACAGAUCAGUUUGUUAACCGCACAUAUAUUGUGGAUGUCUGGAAGAUCGGACUGCCUUUGGAAACGAAUAAGGAUGGAGUAAUAGAGAAGGGGGAGAUUACUAAAGCCGUUGACAGAAUGCUUGUCAGAGAAGACGGCGCAGAGAUAAGGAAGCAAGUCACCAAAUUAAUGAGAAACAGUAGAGAUAAGGUGAAGGAAGGAGGGUCCUCGUUCAACAACUACAGUAUACUUCUUCACCAGAUGAAGAAGCAUCUGGCUGACUGACAAAUCUUCAGAGAUCAUUUUGAUUCGUUCGAGUUUGGGGCUUGGAGCAAGCUGGACAGUUGAAGUAACCAUUGUUUCGGCCUAAAUGUUUCAAAUCUGAUGAUAAGAUUCAGUGAUGGGUGUUGGGUGUUUAUA